GGUUUUCUGUCAGGCAGCUUGCUAGCUUGCGGCUAACAGCGCUCUACUUGCUGUUUUUAGAGCUGGUGUUACUCGUCAAGUUAACUAACUAACUGGCUUGUUUUACCUAAGUUACUUGGUUAACAACCCUCCUUCCGGUCAUCUCCUUUUCAGUAGGUUAGUUCCGACCUAAAUCCGCCACACGUUAUCCAGCUAUUUGUCUCCAGUGGAUCUCUUUAAGCUGGAUCAGGUGUGGUAGAUUUGAGCUGAACUCGGCGGAGGGCUGGUGGUCGCUGCUUUAAAGUUUAAAGGGGAAAAAAGCUCAUUCAGAGUGGUUUGAUGUGAAAUUCUCUAUACUGGAGAAACUAUAAAAUCAGAAUUUUGUGGUGGUAAAUGGAACCAGACGUCCGAAGAGUUUAAUGCCUGGAAAGGUUACAUCACAGGAAGUUAAGGACCAUGCUUGGGCCAGUGCGCUGGGUUUUAUGGGACGUGAAGGAUACUUUACUGAAGGUCCGGCGCUCUGUGGGGGAGCAGUACUGUAGGGAGGCUGAGCGCGCUGGACUGAAGUUACCACCCCUGCAGGUAGAGGCUGCGUUCAGACAAGCUUACCGUCAGCACUCGCGUCUUUUUCCCAACUAUGGACUCACUCAGGGCAUGAACGGUCAGGCGUGGUGGACAGGAGUGGUGAAGAGCACCUUCUCCCAGUGUGGAGUGCAGGACCCCGACUUGCUCGACACAAUGGCCAGAAGUCUGUUCCAGAACUUCUGUGGACCAGAGAACUGGGAGGUGUUUCCAGAUUCAAAUUCUGCCCUGAAAUCCUGCACAGCUCUGGGAAUGAAACAGGGUGUGGUGUCUAACUUUGACAGCCGCCUAGAAGGGGUCCUUCGUGGAUGUGGCCUCCUUACUCACUUCUCAUUUCUCCUGACCUCAGAAGGGGCAGGCGUGGCCAAGCCAGACAUGACCAUUUUCAAACAAGCCCUGCAGAAGUGUGGAGUGCCAGCUAAAAAUGUAGCCCACGUUGGGGACCACUACAUAAACGAUUACCUCACAUCUCGAUCGCUGGGUAUUCGUGGGUAUCUGCUCGAUAGACAUGGACACCAAGAACAUCUGAAUGUUCCUCCACAGCACAGACUGCAGAGCCUGGAUGAGCUACCAGCUCGACUGCAACAGGAAACUGAUUAGAAAGGACGUCUCAUCUCUGCGCCAUCAUUGCUGCUGUUCCUAUUAAACUAGUCAUUCAUUUAAAUGUUAUCAAAUAUUUACAUUUUGUGACUCAAAUCAUGUAGUUUUUUCUUUUUUUUCUGAUUAAAGGUCCUUGCACUUCAUGUCCUUGGAGAUGGGAUUUGUACUGAAAGUUGCUUAAAUUAAUUUGCAACCAACAGAUCCAACAAUUGAUUAUGUGCAGAGAUGCAAUCAGGUAGGCUGUGCAGAUCCCUUGUAAUCUACAUGCAAAAUAAUUAAGGUCAGUGAUGGUGGGAGAAGUGUAAAAGUUGGUUUGUAGAUUGCAGACGUGGUGUGAUGUGUUAACUGAUGUCUCUUGCAGACUGUUCUCAGGAAAUAAAAAAAACGUCAGAUGUGUUAAUCUGUGUUCAUGAAAAAAAUAAUACACAGGUACAUAGAUUAGAAAAAAAGGUACUGGAAUAAAAAGUACUUGCUUUCUUUCUAAAUGUAGCAGAAUAAGUAAAAUGCUAAAAACAGAAAAGAUUGAGGGCUAAAAAAUUGUUUAAUCAGGGAAAUAUAAGAGUGAUGCCAAUAAAAGCUACUUUAAAU